UACACAAUACAGACAGAUAUGAAUAUAUAUACAUCAUUUACAUCAUUGAACACCGUCAUAUUUUAAUGUCAUUUUCAUUUAUAAAUUUACAUAAACAAUUGAUUAAUUUGUAGGAAAAGUGGGUUAAAAGGAGGUGGAAACUGAUUGGGAGAGGGAUUUGGAUUUUGGGAAGUUUUUUAUAGAGGUCAAAAGAUUUGGAAUUUAAGGGACACGAAAAAAAGAUGUGUUCUAAGGUUCCCUCAUCAAGGCCGCAUUCGCACAGCGAGCUGUCGCGAACGCGGAUCUUGCUGAGGAAGACCGGACUACUGCAAUGGCCGAGUCUGAGCCUGCACAAGGAUGAAACAGUAUGACGGGGAAGCUUGGGGUACUUGGAAAACCAAGGUUUCCGUCGGAUGCCGGGCUGGACAACCGCAUAGUAGGCCCCUUUAUGUUUGGAUGUUUCUACCCAUACUGCAGUCCAUGAGUCAAACAGCUUGUGCUUUGUGUCUGCACGUAUAUCAUACCCGUACACAACGUGGUGCUGGCGUUCGACAUCGUUCGAGGCCGCAAAUUUGGCCAAUGAAUCCGCACACUCGUUACCACUACUUGACUUGAAUGCAUAUUAUCCUUUGUCAAAAUUUUAUAUGUCAAAACAAAUCAACGUUAACGUCAAGACGUCAACAAAAUGAAAAUAUAACCUCAUAUAGAACAAAAAUAAAAACAAAUCAUAUAAACUUAAGUUCUGUUGAAAAGGAACAAUUAAUUGAACCAUAGAAAUAAAGUUUUAUAAAUAUCUAUUGGCAAUAGACAAUAUGGCGCUUGAAAUCGUCAGCGCUAUUUUAUUUACUAUAGUUUUAGCAUUUCUUUUACGAGUACUUUACCUUAUUUAUGAAAUUACUAUGAUAAACAAAUGUGAACUUACAAGACCAAAAUCACUACGAACUAUCCUUUGCAUCGGUUCCGGCGGCCAUACAACAGAAUUACUGAGAUUAGUGAAGAACCUGAACAAGAGAAAAUAUCAACCGCGAGUCUAUAUUUUGGCUGAUAAUGAUGUCAGUAGUGAGGUAAAGAUUCGUGAAACAGAGAAGGAACAAAACGACUACACCCUGUGCAGGAUACCAAGAAGUCGAAAUGUGCAACAGUCGUAUUUUUCUUCAGUAAUCAGCACUCUCUAUGCUACUUUGUGCACACUACCUGUAAUUUAUAAUUUUAAGCCAGAUAUAAUAUUUUGUAAUGGACCAGGAACUUGUAUUCCAGUUUGUGUUGUAGCUUUCAUUUUCAGAUGUUUGUUCUUAUUAGAUUGUCGCAUAGUAUUUAUAGAAAGUAUUUGCAGAGUUCGAACUCUAUCACUGACUGGAAAAAUACUUCAAUUUUUUGCAGAUAUUGUUGUUGUACAAUGGCCCCAACUGAGGGAUGUCUGUUUCAGAGCAAAAUAUUUCGGUAGACUUACAUAGAUAUUUUUUUUCUAAUUGGUAGUUUCACUUUUAAAUAGGUAUAUGUGUAAAGAUUGAUAUUUAAAUAAAUAUAAUUGUAAUAUUUCCAUGCUUGAUGUUACUCUUUUACUAUUUGACCAGUAUGUAGCCAAUAAACCAAUUGGAA